CGCAUUACCUCCCUUGCUUAGAUAUCCAAAAUGUCGGCUCUUCUUGCUGCUCAGUAUGGAGUGGGGGCAUUGGUUACAGCAACCAUGCACCCGAUUGGGUAUGCCAAAGUCUUAAUCCAGGUUGGACAUGAGCCUAUGAGGCCAAAACCCUCUGUGUCCAUCCUUGGCAAAGAGUCACUGGUCUACCCGAAUGUAGUGCAUUAUGUUGGACACAUUAAGAAAUGUGAUGGAUUCUGGGGAUUGUACAGAGGUGUGUUCCCCAGAGUGGUGUCCGGAACGCUGGGAAAUUUGGUCCAGAAUGCUGUGAUGGAGAAAUUUAAAGGAAUGAAUAAAGCUGAAGAAGAGAAGUCAAGUACUGAUGAUGAACUUGUGACGUGGAUUAAAACAUUCUGCAAAGAGACCGCACAAGAAACUGCUGGUAGAUGUUUGGGUAUUGUAGCAAGUCAUCCAUUCCAUGUGAUUAUGCUGAGAUGUAUGGUGCAGUUUGUAGGCAAAGAAACAGAAUAUAAUUCCGUAUGGUCAUCUAUAGGAGAGAUCUAUAGGAAUGAUGGAAUUUGUGGUUUCUUUGCUGGCAUUGCACCCAGACUAGUGGGAGAGGUGAUUACGGUCUGGAUAACCAACUUCCUUGCACAGUUAGUGAACAAGUACUUAGUAGAGGACAAGGACAUGAAGUCAUAUACUGCUGCAGCAUGUGGGCUGAUCGUGUCUCACCUGACAUAUCCCUUCACUCUGGUCACAAACAUCAUGGCAAUCAACGGCUCAGGUCUUCAGGCUACUGGCGGGAGAGUCUAUGGAAGCUGGUUUGAGUGCUUCGGUCACUUGAGAAGACAGGGUGCCCUGAAGCGAGGCUCCAGUAUGUUCUGGCGGUACUACCAGGGACCAAUGAUUCUGAUGGAUGGGAAGCCCUACCCUGCCAACUCCAGGUUCCUACAGUGAGACGCCCUCAUGCCGACCUCCCCCACACACAGACAGCAUAAUGAGGUGGAGGACUCAACCAUAUUUUUGUAAAAUUGGCCCUUGUAACAAACAUAGACAAACCCUGUAAAUAGCAUGUAGCAUCCAUUGCUCAUUUUCAUUUGAUGAUGUGUAUGUGACUCUGGAGUUUUGGGAUGAUAGGGAUAAAUGAUAGACAUAUGAAUGGUUGUUUGAAUCGUCAAGUCUGUGUUGCCAGACCUGACAUUGUGACUGUUCAGCAUGAAACGACAUGACCAUGUAUCUGACAUGCGACUGUCAACUUGACCCUUUUCGACCUGACCUGACCUUGAUACAAUGAAACCCUGUUAUUCUGGACAGAACCUUUCCCAGUAGAAUUGUCUGGAUUGAUAAAUUUCCAGAUUAACAAAUCAUUGCUAAGUGGUAAUGUGCCUUUAACCAUACAGAUACUUACCAACAGUAAUUGUCCAAAUUUCUGGGAUCCACUGUGUUUCGUUGUAAUAGAAUUUAUAACCAACCUGGCAUCUGCUUAACUCUGCUGACUUUCACACCAACCACUGGAUAUUUUUCAGUAGUCUACAGAAAGAUUAUGGAUUAAAAGGGUGCAUAAUUUCCUAGUUGCCAGGCUUUCAGGAUAACAUGACCGCUAUACCUGACAUCAUUCUGUGUUGAUUUGUCAUUGAUUGUACAUAAUUUAACAUAUUUCCUAUUUGGACAAAGUCUGUAUCAUUUUCUACUAUAUUUGUUUGGAAUUCACAUCAUUCAGCUCCUUGUAUGUUUAAACCCUUCAACAGAGUCAGUUUGGGCAGAGUGAGAGACGUGACCUGUUGGGAUGUUCCAGAUGUUAUAAAGAUCAGAACAUUAAUGUGAAUACGGGAAUAUAGUAAUAAGAAUAUAGGAAUACAGUAAUGAGAAUGCAGUUUUAAGAAUACAUUAUUCAUUGUACAGUUAUUGUAACAACUAGUUCGUAAUGAUAUCAUGUCUUAUGAUAUUAUAGGAGACUAAAUAAACAAACCAAAACAAUGAAAGUCAAUAUCAUCUUUCUCAUGUCAAGAGUCUUUAGAGAACAGGGAAAUAAGGUAAUUUUAAAACUUGAAGCACUGUUGCAAUUCAACAUGUACUAAUAUUUUCAUAUUGAGUGAGUUUAUUGGUAGCUCAGUGGUCAGUGCAUUCACUCUGCAUGCCUAAUACCUGGGUUUGAUUCUCCACCUGUUUAUAACCAUACUCAUUGUUAAGUCCUACCUUACCAUGUGAAAUGUGCUGAGGAAACAGAAGCGACAUUAUAAGGCCUUACCACUAACAUUAUGUAUGGGGAAGCACUGGAGACAAUGAGACAACGGAGCAAGAGUGGGUGUGAUAAGACCAUUGUUAUAUAUCAAUGAUAUGAGGCAUUGUGCGAUAGAGUGAACAUGGAAACAGUCAUAUCAAAAGGGGUGUAAUAACCAGACCUGUAUUAUAUCCCCUGCCGGUCUGAUAUGGCUUAUCAAUGCAUUUUCAAUGGGCUAUCGAUAUCAGCCUGGAGGUAAGAAAUUAGAGUUACCUCCCUUAGUGCAUAUGUGGUCUGCUCAGCUAGCUUUCCCAUGACAAUGACUUCCAAACAAGGUGAAAAUGUUCUGCAUUCACUUGCAAAUAGAUACAUUGUACAAUUUUAUGUUGUGGUAUAUCAUAAAAAGUGACCCUUCUUAUACCUAUAGUCCCAAACUUUAUGAAGGUACCCAGAGCGGAUCCAGGGUAGAGGUGGGGUGGGGGGCGCUUUUUGCAGCAGUGCCCUUCCAUUCUUUUUUAAUGCUUACUUUAAAUCUGUUUAUACUCAGUUUAGUUUUCUAGGUAAUCUUGUAUACAAGUAUAAAUGUAUAUGAUAAUAUAACUAUAACUAUAAAUACUAUAACUAACUCAUUAACAGAAGUAACAUGACUACUAAACACAAAUUGCUUGGCACAUUGUUUGCUUACAUCAAGCCCUUGUAUAACUUCUUUGAGUGGCAUUUAGAAGUUGGAAUGGUAACUAAGACAAAAUUGUUAUGGAUGAGCAACUUCUUUAUUACAAUUGGGCGACGUUUCGGUGUAGAUUCUAACACCGUUAUCAAGCAAAUGAUCAAGCCCUUGUAUGACAACUCCUGAUAACAAAAUGCACCCGUCAGUACCAAAAGUCUGUUAAUGUUUGUCAGUGUUAAUAAGAUAUUUGACUGAUGUUAAAGAAUGAUUAUACUCUCACUGAAUAUUGAUGAUAUUUAUGUUGGUAUGAAAUAGAUUCUAUGGACUGUUAACUUUCAGUGUGACAGUACUUAUGGUUGUGUGUUAAGUCUUUGACAUUACAUGUAUCUUUAUGAGUUCAUCUUCGUUGUGAGAGCUGAGGAACAAAACACAGAGGUUGACUACCUCAGUUCCCAGAUGUUUCUGCACACUUGCUACUGCUUGACUUCUCUGUUAAAAUACAUAUCAUAUUUGAAAGUAGUUUUGUCAUGUUUCAGGGUCCAGAAAAGUACCAACACAUAUUUUACCAAAUUAGAAAUGAUGGCCUAUUUGUUUAAGCUUAUUUGCUUCCAUUUACUAAUCUACUAACUGCAGUGUGGUUUAUUUGUUGUUAGAAUUUUUGUUAUUUUACGCCUUAGUGUUUCUUAUAAUUUAGAUAAUCAGCUCUCUGGUCAUGAAAGGCUCCGAGCUGGUCCUCACAACAUCCAGGAGGGGGCAACUCCUUUUACAGGUAGUUGUUUGGAAGCUUCAUCAUGUGACUAUUGAUGCAAUGAUGCCAGAAUCCUGUUUUAUGAUGUACGUGAAGGGUUCUGUUGUUGAAGUACAAGGUAUGGCUUUAGUUGAUGUGUUUGUGGUAGAUACUAAUCAGCUACAUUUUCUGUACCAAACUUGAUCCCAUCAGUCUAGUAAACUUCUUUUCAGUCGAGUAAGCACUGCUAACAAUAGUAUGUACUGAAAAUGAUGCUAAGAGUCAAGAUUGGUCAAGUAGACUCCAACGAUUUGGCAGACUGAACAAGUAUUGAGAAUGCAAACACAGGAAGGCUUGUUUGAAGUCACUUGGUUUACAGAAUUUUUCUAAAUCUACCGGAACAGUGGUCAAAGUUUAGAAACAAAAGUGAUUUUCGUUAGUUGAUAUAAAAAUAAAGAACAUAGUUUUUAUUGUGAAAUGUCAAAGGUAUUUGCCUUCCUACACUGACCUACUUCAGAGUUGUUUGUAAUUACUGAAAAUUGUUAUCGUAUGAGUUUGGAAGACUGAAGUGACAUUGGUAACUAGUUAAGCUAGUUAAAAAACAAUUUGAAAUCUAGUAUUGCAGCUUAUAUUUUCAGUUUCGAUUUUCAUAUUGCUUUAUAAGGAUACAGGCUGUGUGAAGUAAUAGACUCUGUCCUUAGGCAGUAUGUAUAGUUUCGCUUGCGAAGUAUAAAUCUGCAUUACUAAGCUGCAACAACAAAUGCUAGAAAUUAGAUUAUGAUUAUUCUGAGAGCCCUUGAUUGAAAUCGUAGCUUGAGAGGAGACACAUAGAGGAGUGUUUUGCUGCUAGAAGAAAGUGUUCCCAGAUGUGUUAUGACUUCCAUGAUGUAUAUGUACAGAUGGUUGGAAGAUUAGUAAUAAUAUACGUGUAUUCCUUUAAUGAUCCUUUCUUACUGGAAUAAAGCCAGCAGUAAAACCAUG